AUCCUUAAUUGCUAACAAAAUGAAAUAUUUUAGCAUUAAAUAUGUCGAAUUAAUUCAGUUGAAUGUCAGAAUUAAAUUAAACAGCUGAUUCGCUACCUUUUGACAGUUCAUUUGACAUUCCACAAAAGUCGAAUUGACGUUAGCGCGUUUCCUAAAGUGCUUUGCUUGGCGUGUGAAAAUACUUUUGUUUUUAAUUAAAAUACUUAAUUUUGUUUAUUAAAGUUAGCGCGUGUAUAGAAUGGCAACCGAAGAAGAGCAAAUACAAGUGUUGCCGGUCAAGGAGCCGCUGGACUUGAUUAGGCUUAGUUUGGAUGAAAAAGUAUAUGUAAAGAUGCGUAAUGAGCGUGAACUACGUGGACGCCUUCACGCUUUCGAUCAACAUUUAAACAUGGUGUUGGGAGACGCGGAAGAAACAGUAACAACCGUGGAAAUCGAUGAGGAAACAUAUGAAGAAGUAUAUAAGACUACAAAGCGUACAAUUCCAAUGCUUUUUGUGCGAGGAGACGGUGUAAUAUUGGUAUCACCUCCUAUGAGAGUAGGAUAAAGCAAACACUUGAAUUUAGAAUGUAAUCAUACAAUUAAAUAAAAUAAGUAUGUGCUUAAAAGUGAAAA